UAGUCAUAUGGCACAGGAAUGCUGGUUCAAAGACAAAGACUGCAGAAACUGUGGAAAAAAAGGCCAUAUUGAACGUGUGUGCCAAAACAGAAAGCAAAAUGAGAAAACAAACCCAGCUAAACCUGGAGAGUUCAAGAAAAGUUAUGUCAGAAAACUCAAAAAGAAAAACGUGAAUCAAGUGAAAUAUUCAGGGAAACAACAGGAGGAUGAAUCUGAUGAAACUGAAUACUCGCAUGUAAUGUCUGUGUCUUCAAAUUCUGAUGGCUACUGGGUGACACCACUUCUAGAUGGAAAAGCUGUCCCAAUGCAAGUGGACACAGGAGCUGCUGUAUCGCUCAUGGCAGAGUCAACUUACCGAGAGAAGUGGCCAUACCUCUGUCUCAAAGAAGCGAAGCUGAGCUUGAAAACAUACACAGGUGAGCUUGUACCUCUGUCAGGAGUCGUGGAUGUGUCUGUAGAGCUAAACAGACAAAAGGUAAACUUACCACUGUAUAUUGUGAAAGGUAGUAGUCACACAGCUCUGAUCGGUCGAUCUUGGCUAGAGAAAAUAAAGCUAAACUGGCAGGAAGUACAUUUAGUGGCGAAAGAGUCUACCAGCCUACAACACAUUCUGAGGAAGCAUGCAGAGGUGUUUGGAGAUGAAUUGGGAAGCAUGAAAGAUAUCACUGUAAAACUGACCAUUAAGUCUGAUAGUAAACCUAAGUGCUUAAAGGCUCGCCCAGUUCCUUACGCCAUAAAGCCUAAGGUAGGAACUGAAUUAGACCGGCUGGAGGAAACCGGUGUACUGAAGAAAGUGAGUGUUAGCGAGUGGGCCACGCCAAUUGUUCCUGUACUGAAAAAGGAUGGAUCAGUCAGAAUUUGUGGCGAUUUCAAGGUGGAUCCUGUUUCCCAAGAGCUGCUGACCAUCGUGACACACAAGGGCCUAUACAGGUAUCAGAGGCUUCCUUUCGGCAUAACUUCGGCUCCAGCGUUGUUCCAGCGGGCCAUGGACCAGAUCCUGAGUGGAUUGAAUUGA